AUGACUAGGCCUGAUCUUGACUUUGUUGUACAGGUCCUGAGUCAAUAUAUGCAUGAUCCAAAACAAUCUCAUUUAGAAGCUGCAUUGAGAGUUGUAAAAUACAUAAAGGGCACACCAGGCGUUGGGUUGUUCAUGCCAUCUUCAGGAGGAAACAAGCUAACAUCAUACUGUGACUCAGACUGGGGAUCUUGUAUAGCAUCAAGGAAGUCAGUAACAGGCUAUGUGGUAAAAUUUGGUGAUACUUUAGUUUCAUGGAAGUCAAAGAAGCAAAAGACUGUAUCUAGAAGUUCUGCUGAGGCUGAGUUCAGAAGUAUGGCCUCAACUGUUGCUCAAAUUACUUGGUUGUUUGGAUUAUUCUCAGAGUUAGGAAUUACUGUGGCAACACCAUUUUAG